UCUUGAUACUUGGCUGGCUGGAAAUGGAGGUCUUCUCGGACAUCUUCUUGGUGCCAAUGGAAAUCCUCUUCUUGAUGGUC